AUGGAGAAAGUUCGAUGCCAGAGAAUCGGAUGCAACGCCAUGUUUACGGUGGAUGAUAAUCCCGAUGGUUCCUGUACUUAUCACGAUGCUGGUGUAAGUGACCCAUUAUUUCAUGAUGGAAUGAAAGAAUGGAGUUGUUGCAAGAAAAGAAGUCAUGAUUUCAGUUUGUUUCUCGAAAUUCCAGGUUGUAAGACAGGAAAGCACACAACUGAGAAACCCGUGCUGGCAAAGGCAGCUGCACCUCCUAAGCAACUGGUUUCGGCACCAACUCCUGCGACCAAUUCAUUGUCGAAGGAUGCCUGUUUGAGGUGUCAACAAGGAUUUUUCUGUUCUGAUCAUGGUUCACAAGCGAGAGAAUUGAAUCCAACAGAGUCUAAUACUGUGAUAGGAGCACAUUCUGAAAGUAGUCCAGAUUCGCUGGACACCCAACCACCCCCAGUAAAGAAGAUUGUCGAUAUAAACGAGCCUCAAACUUGUAGAAAUAAGGGAUGUGGUAAAACUUUUAAAGAGAAGGAUAAUCAUGAUGCUGCAUGCAGUUACCAUCCUGGUCCAGCUGUUUUCCACGACCGGGUUCGAGGGUGGAAAUGCUGUGACGUUCAUGUUAAAGAAUUUGAUGAGUUCAUGAGCAUACCACCGUGCACCAAGGGAUGGCACAAUGCCGAUCCAGUAUCUUAA